CCGCCGGAGUUCCAGGUCUCGACUUCAUGCUCGACUUCACUGCUCUGCUCCAGGAGGCCAGCCUGUGUGGCCCUGUGACCUGCAAGGUAUUGGAGAGCCACAGCUAAGACUCCAGGAACCCCUGGAAGCCUAGAAAUGGGACUGUUGACAUUUAGGGAUGUGGCCAUAGAAUUCUCUCUGGAGGAGUGGCAAUGUCUGGACACUGCACAGCAGAAUUUAUAUAGGAAUGUGAUGUUAGAGAACUACAGAAACCUGGCCUUCCUGGGUAUUGCUGUCUCUAAGCCAGACCUGAUUACUUGUCUGGAGCAAGGAAAAGAGCCCUGGAAUAUGAAACAACAUGAGAUGGUGGAUGAACCUCCAGGUAUAUGUCCUCAUUUUGCUCAAGACUUUUGGCCAGAGCAGAGCAUGGAAGAUUCUUUUCAAAAAGUAUUACUGAGAAAAUAUGAAAAAUGUGGAUGUGAGACUUUACAGUUAAGAAAAGGUUGUAAAAGUGUGAAUGAGUGUAAGGUGCACAAAGAAGGUUAUAAUAAACUUAACCAGUGUCUCACAACUGCCCAGAGCAAAGUAUUUCAAUGUGGUAAAUAUUUGAAAGUCUUCUAUAAAUUUUUAAAUUCAAACAGACAUACGGUAAGACAUACUGGAAAGAAAUGCUUCAAAUGUAAAAAAUGUGUCAAAUCAUUUUGCAUCCGUUUACACAAAACCCAACAUAAAUGCGUUUAUAUUACAGAGAAGUCCUAUAAAUGUAAAGAAUGUGAAAAAACCUUUCAUUGGUCCUCAACCCUUACUAAUCAUAAGAAAAUUCAUACUGAAGAUAAACCCUACAAAUGUGAAGAAUGUGGCAAAGCUUUUAAGCAACUGUCAACCCUUACUACACACAAAAUCAUUUGUGCUGAAGAGAAAAUCUACAAGUGUGAAGAAUGUGGCAAAGCAUUUCUAUGGUCCUCAACCUUAACUAGACAUAAGAGGUUACACACUCGAGAGAAGCCCUACAAAUGUGAAGAAUGUGGCAAAGCUUUUAGGCAAUCCUCAACCCUUACUAAACAUAAGAUAAUUCAUACUGGAGAGAAACCCUGCAAAUUUGAAGAAUGUGGCAAAGCUUUUAGGCAAUCCUUAACCCUUAAUAAACAUAAGAUAAUUCAUAGUAGAGAGAAACCCUACAAAUGUAAAGAAUGUGGCAAAGCUUUUAAGCAAUUCUCAACACUUACUACAUAUAAAAUAAUUCAUGCUGGAAAGAAACUCUACAAUUGUGAAGAAUAUGGCAAAGCUUUUAAUCAAUCCUCAAAUCUUUCUACACAUAAGAUAAUUCAUACUGGAGAGAAGUCUUACAAGUGUGAAGAAUGUGGCAAAGCAUUUCUGUGGUCCUCAACCCUAACUAGACAUAAGAGGAUGCACACUGGAGAGAAGCCCUGCAAAUGUGAAGAAUGUGGCAAAGCUUUUAGCCAUUCCUCAACCCUUGCUAAACACAAGAGAAUUCAUACUGGAGAGAAACCCUACAAAUGUAAAGAAUGUGGCAAAGCUUUUAGCAAUUCCUCAACCCUUACUAAUCAUAAGAUAACUCAUACUGAAGAGAAACCCUACAAAUGUAAAGAAUGUGGCAAAGCUUUUAAGCGACUCUCAACCCUUACUAAACAUAAAAUAAUACAUGCUGGAGAGAAACUCUACAAAUGUGAAGAAUGUGGCAAAGCUUUUAAUCGAUCUUCAAAUCUUACUACGCAUAAGAUAAUUCAUACUGGAGAGAAACCUUACAAGUGUGAAGAAUGUGGCAAAGCAUUUAACUGGUCCUCAAGCCUUACUAAACAUAAAAGAAUUCAUACUCGAGAGAAACCCUUCAAAUGUAAAGAAUGUGGCAAAGCAUUUAUAUGGUCUUCAACCCUAACUCGACAUAAGAGGAUACACACUGGAGAGAAGCCCUACAAAUGUGAAGAAUGUGGCAAAGCUUUUAGCCAUUCCUCAACCCUUACUAAGCAUAAGACAAUUCAUACUGGAGAGAAACCCUACAAAUGUAAAGAAUGUGGCAAAGCUUUUAAGCACCCCUCAACCCUUGCUAAACAUAAAAUAAUACAUGCUGGAGGGAAACUCUACAAAUGUGAAGAAUGUGGCAUAGCUUUUAAUCAAUCUUCAAAUCUUACUACACAUAAGAUAAUUCAUACUAAAGAGAAAACUUCAGAGAGUGAAGAAUGUGACAAAGCAUUUAUCUGGUCCUCAACCCUUACUGAACAUAAGAGGAUUCAUACCAGAGAGAAAACCUACAAAUGUGAAGAAUGUGGCAAAGCAUUUAGCCAACCUUCACACCUUACUACACAUAAGAGGAUGCACACUGGAGAGAAACCCUACAAAUGUGAAGAAUGUGGCAAAGCUUUUAGCCAAUCCUCAACCCUUACUACACAUAAGAUAAUUCAUACUGGACAGAAACCCUACAAAUGUGAAGAAUGUGGCAAAGCUUUUAGGAAAUCUUCAACUCUUACUGAACAUAAGAUAAUUCAUACUGGAGAGAAGCCCUACAAAUGUGAAGAAUGUGGCAAAGCAUUUAGCCAAUCCUCAACCCUAACUAGACAUACAAGGAUGCACACUGGAGAGAAGCCAUACAAAUGUGAAGAAUGUGGUAAAGCUUUUAAUCGAUCCUCAAAGCUUACUACACAUAAGAUAAUUCAUACUGGAGAGAAACCUUACAAGUGUGAAGAAUGUGGCAAAGCAUUUAUAUCAUCCUCAACCCUAAAUGGACAUAAGAGAAUUCAUACUAGAGAGAAACCCUACAAAUGUGAAGAAUGUGGCAAAGCAUUUAGCCAAUCUUCAACCCUAACUAGACAUAAGAGGUUGCACACUGGAGAGAAACCCUACAAAUGUGCAGAAUGUGGCAAAGCCUUUAGAGAGUGCUCAGCUCUUACUAAACAUAAGAUAAUUCACACUGGAGAGAAACCCUACAAAUGUGAAAAAUGUGGCAAAGCCUUUAACCAGUCUUCAAUCCUUACUAACCAUAAGAAAAUUCAUACUAGAGAGAAACCCUACAAAUGUAAAGAAUGUGGCAAAUCUUUUAACCGGUCUUCAACCUUUACUAAACAUAAGGUAAUUCAUACUGGAGUAAAACUCUACAAAUGUGAAGAAUGUGGCAAAUCCUUUUUCUGGUCCUCAGCCCUAACCAGACAUAAGAAAAUUCAUACUGGACUGCAACCCUAUAAACAGGAAAAAUUUGGCAAAGCCUUUAACCAGUUUUCACACCUUACUACAGAUAAGAUAACUCAUAUUGGAGAGAAAUCUUACAAGUGUGAAUAAUGUGGUAAAGUCUAUAAAAAGUCCUGAAUUCUUAACAGACAUAAGAUUAUUCAUACUGGAGAGAAACUCUACAAACCUGAAAGAUGUGCCAAUGCUUUUGACAAGUCAAACUUUUCUAAACAUCAAGAAAAUCAUGCUGCUGAGAAAUCCUAGAAAUGUGAAGAAUGUGACAAAGCCUCUAAAUGAUUGUCACACUUGAUCAUAGGUAAGAAAAUUCAUACUGGCGAAAACUACCAAUGUGAACAAUGUGGCCAAGCUUUGAACCAAUGCUCAUGCCUUAAUGUAUAGGAAAGCAUUUAUACUUGAGAAAACGUGUACAAAUGUAGACAAAGUUAAAAAGCCAUUAAUACCUGCUCACAUCGUACUCAAAAUCAGAGCGUUCAUACUAAAUAAAAACAUUAGAAGUGUAAUUACUGUCAAAAGAUCGAUCAGAAAAUAUGUCUUUAAAGUACAGAAGAGUAUUUAUUUUGAAAAAGCAUUACAAAUAUGAAGAGGCAUUAUUUAUGACCUUUUCUAUGGAAAGGUAAGAACAUUAAAAUGUAAGAUGCAUGAUGAAAAUUUAAGUAGAGAGGAUCUUUAUGGUUAACUUAUAAUAUUGAGUGAUGCAUGAGGUAGGUGUUCAGAUUAAUAUUCUGCAUUAUUAUGAAAGAAAAACAUUCUUAAUUUUAGUUAAAAUUUAGUAUGAUUUAUUGUAUUUUUAUGAAAUAUAUGCAGCGUAUUUUUAACUUAUAAAUUACAUGUGAACUUAACUUUUCAACUUAACAGUUUUAACAUGUUAAAUACUAUGGUGAAUUCAAUGAAGUGUUAUUAUGCCAGUAACUUUAACCUAUUCCACCUUACUCAAGGGUGUAGGUAAAAGAUGGUAAAAAUACACUAUUUGGUGAGACAAUGAACUGACAUCUCUAGUAAAUUUUUUUUGCCAGUGAAUUUUAAUUGCCAUUAAGUUAAAGAAUAUUGUUCCUAUAGGCUAAAUUUUUAUUUUUAUUUUCACAUUUAAAUUUAUUUUCCUUGAUUUUUGUGGAUACGUAAUAUGUGUACAUAUUAUGCCAUAUAUGGCAUAUUUUGAUACGGGCAUGCAAUAUAUAACAAUCACAUUAGACUAAAUGCGGUCUCCAUUACCUCUAGCAUUUAUUCUUUGUAUUACAAGCAAUUCAAUUCUACAGUUUGUUAUUUUUAAAUGUACAAUUAAAUUGUUAUUGAUUACAGGAUUAUUUUUAUGGUCAUAAUAAAACUUAUAUACAAACAUAAGUAAAAUCCAUACAUUUCUGAGUCCCAAAUAAAUCUUUUUUA